AUGGCAAGCACCGGUAACAACCGAUACGCUCUCUUCGUCGAGAAAGACGAGCAUGCGGCCCCACCACGUAGGACGGCUGCCGACGCGUCGCGCAAUCCAUUUCUGAACCAAGUCGCUGAUGACUCAAUUCCGUGGCAGGAGGUGAAGAAGCGCGGCGCGCCGACUACUCAAUUGCCAUCUGCACCAAAACCCAAUGCCCUCGCCAUCCGCGAUCAGACUAGGAACGCGUCCGCACAAAGCGCUGCGGCAAAUCGUGCUCGUACGGUUUCGGCCUCUACGACAGACCCCACUGGCAAAGCGUACGACCCCUACGAAAACUGGUGCGGCGUUUGUUCUAUGAAGCUGCCUAGCAAAGCAAUGCUGCUCAGCCACAUCAAGCAGUCCCAGUCAGAUCACAAGCACUACUGCAAUCUGUGCAAGCGCGUGUUCAAGGAUCGCAAUGGCCUGAAGAACCACGUGGAGAACUCGUGGGGGCACGGAGUCUGCUGCAACUUGUGCUUGAGCGCAUUCAAUAACGAGUGGGGACUAAAAAAUCACUUCGAGAACAACUAUGCCGUUGGUCAUCAGUUCGCGUGUCUUACUUGUCUGCUGGGCUUCCGUACCCAAGCCGAGCUCGAGAAGCACCUUCAAUUGGCUGCGAAGCAUACUUGGUGUGAGGUACGUUUCACAAUCAAGACGAGCGUGAUGAGCAUUGGCACAAGACCCAGACCCGGCUGUGAUUUCGAUGGCCCUGAAGAAGCUGUCUUGGAGGAGCAUCUGAAGCGCGAUCACUUCCAGUGUGUGGGCUGUAAGCGUAUCUUCCAAAGCCAGACCAAGCUGAAUAACCACGCCGAGAACUGUAAGUUUACUGUAACUUGCCCACAAUGUAGGGAACCAUAUGCCGGACAAGCACAACUCGCACUGCACCUAGAGCAUUGCUUCUUUUGCGAGCAGUGCACCUUCUCCACCCAUCAUGAGGGUAAUUACCUAAUUUGUUGGGGCUGUGACGCGCCGAUGCGUACAUACUCCAGCCUCAUCAACCAUCUCGAAUCUGGAAAGUGCCCAAAAUUUCCCGACCCAUCCCGCCUCAUUCUUUGUCUCGGAACCUGGUGGUACUCGCCGCUAUUCAUGGAUCUAGACUUGCACGCGCAAAUUCGUACCAGCCGCGUCAAUCCUGCGCUCAUGCGACAAUGGAUGGACGAUGGAGUGAUUACACCAUUCAUCUGCCGCGAUGCCAAUUGCGAGAAGGUAUUUGGACACCUGAGCUCGCUUGUACUACACUGCGAGAGCCAGGCUUGCGGUUGGGACAUCGCGCGCUUGAACAUGCCGGCGUUGGAGAAGGAGUUUAGGCAGAUGUGCUUACGAAGGGACAGUGCUUCGGCUUGA